UGCCAUAUUUAUUCAUGCCGGGCAAGAUGGCGGCGCUACGGACGAUGUGUUAUUGCCAGUGGACAUAAAAACAGGCAUUUUAUUCAAAAAGCAAGAGCCAGUCAGAAACAUCCAGCCACGGGGACCGGAUCACGGGGUAUUUACCGAGUAACGAGCGUCGACUUUACGUUAUAUUACCCGCUGUUUCCCCCGUUUAUUUCCUCUGAAACAACAUGUUCAGGUCGUGUAGCUGCUCGGCUGCUCGCUAACCGACCGACCAGCUGGCUAACACAGAGCCGUACCGAGCUACCAGCAGCAGCUACCGCCGAGCCGCCACCGUGAAGCGGAGGAUGGGAGAAAAGCUGGAGCUCAAGCUCAAAUCUCCGGUCGGAGCGGAACCCGCAGGAUACCCGUGGCCGUUACCAGUAUACGAUAAACACCAUGAUGCUGCUCAUGAAAUCAUCGAGACCAUUCGGUGGGUGUGUGAGGAGAUCCCCGACCUCAAACUGGCCAUGGAAAACUACGUACUCAUCGACUACGACACCAAGUGCUUCGAGAGCAUGCAGAGACUUUGUGACAAGUACAACAGGGCCAUCGACAGCAUUCACCAGCUGUGGAAAGGGACCACCCAACCCAUGAAGCUGAACAAGCGUCCUUCCAACGGGCUGCUGAGACACAUCCUGCAGCAGGUGUACAACCACUCAGUGACCGACCCGGAGAAGCUGAACAACUACGAGCCUUUUUCCCCCGAGGUGUACGGAGAGACCUCUUUCGACCUGGUGGCUCAGAUCAUCGACGAGAUGGAAAUGAUGGAAGAUGACACCUUUGUGGACCUCGGCAGUGGAGUGGGGCAGGUGGUGCUGCAGGUUGCAGCAGCAACCAAUUGUAGACACUACUACGGUGUAGAGAAGGCAGACAUUCCAGCUACCUAUGCAGAGAGCAUGGAUAAAGAGUUUAAAAAGUGGAUGAAAUGGUACGGGAAGAAACAUGGGGAGUACACACUGGAGAGAGGUGACUUUCUGUCUGAAGAAUGGAAGGAAAGGAUCGCCACCACAAGUAUUAUUUUUGUGAAUAACUUUGCCUUUGGUCCAGAGGUAGAUCACCAGCUGAAGGAGCGCUUUGCUAACAUGAAGGAAGGUGGAAAAAUUGUAUCUUCCAAACCUUUUGCACCUUUAAAUUUUAGAAUAAACAGUAGAAACUUGAGUGAUAUUGGCACAAUAAUGCGUGUGGUGGAGCUUUCUCCACUGAGGGGCUCCGUGUCCUGGACUGGAAAGCCAGUUUCCUACUACCUGCAUACCAUAGACCGCACUAUACUUGAAAACUAUUUUGCUAGUCUCAAAAAUCCUAAACUCAGGGAGGAGCAAGAGGCAGCUAGGCGACGUCUGCAGAAAGAUACAAAGGACAGUAAAAGCAAUAGCACCACGCCCACAAAACCUAAAGAACAAAACAAGCAGGACUCCUGCGGCGAGGACGAGCGUCCUAGCUUGGUGACAGUGGUCAAGCCCUCUGCCAAACCCCGAAGAGCCCGACUCCUGCCCAAAGGUCGCAAGCUGAACAACAAGAAACGUGGUCGACCCAAGAAAGCCGCCCCGGCUGCUGCUGAGAAGAAAAACAAGAAGAAUCAGAGCGCGUUGGAUCUGCUGCAUGCCAAGACCCUCUCUGCAGCACCAUCUCAGGAUGCAUACCGGCCACCUCAGAGUCCCUUCUACCAGCUACCUCCCAAGGUCCACUAUCCCUCUGGUCAACUGCUUCUGAGCCCGACUCCUCCUGGUCUGCAACAACUGCUAGAUAACAUCAAAGUUCAAUACCUCCAGUUUAUGACCCACAUGAAGACUCCUCAGUACCGCUCCAACCUGCAGCAGCUUUUAGAACAGGAGAAGCAAAAACACAGGGACCUGUCGGGGCAGGCGGAGCAGCUCCACUCUGUUUGUCAGUCACACAAGGACAAGAUCAAAGGUCUCUUUCAGACCAAACUAGAUGAGCUGGGAGUGAAAGCCUUGACUGUGGAGGACCUGCUGCAGGCCCAGAAGGAGAUAUCAGCCCACAAUCGACAGCUGAAAGAGCAGACCAAGCAGCUUGAGAGAGACAUGGCCUUGCUGAGAGACCACAGCCUGCUACUGCUGAAGUCUCGAUGUGAGGAGCUAAAGCUAGAUUGGGGCUCUUUGUGUUUGGAGACGUUGUUGAAGGAGAAGCAGGCGCUACGCAGACAAAUCUCCGAGAAACAGAGACACUGCUUGGAGUUGCAGAUCAGCAUUGUGGAGCUGGAGAAAAGUCAAAGGCAGCAGGAGCUGAAUCAGCUCAAAUCCUACAGCCCCUGUGAUGGCUCCCCAUACAGAAAGAGCCUGGAAUCACGCUCUUCCACAGACAUGGAUUCGUCUAAGCACGGCCUGUCCUCGGCCUUGGCCCUCAACGGCGUCAGCCCAGACCUAUCUAUCAAUGGCACCAGCUCACCCUGUUUCGACCGGGGCAACACCAAGGGGGAGCUUCUCUCUCGCUACCUGCCCAUCUCUCCAGACCAUGAGAUUGUUCCUGCCAUCACUGAUAUCCGGCAGAGGCAGCAGAGUUCCUCCUACGCUCUUCCUGAUUACACACGCUUCUCCCCCGCCAAGAUUGCCUUGCGGAGGCACCUUAACCAGGAUCCAAACGCCUCUGCUCACCUGAGAGGUCCAGGGCUGAUGACACACAGGGAAUUUAGCGGCGUUAACUCUCCGCUUGGAGCCAAAAUGAACUGCCCCUCUCCCAACGCAUCUGAUGCCCAGAAUAAAGGUUUCGAGAGGGGUGGUAAGGAGAGGAGCCCCUCUGUUCAGGGUGACAACAGCAUUACGAGCCUUCCAAUAAGUAUCCCUCUGAGUACGGUCCACCCAAGUAAACUACCAGUCAGCAUCCCUCUGGCAAGCGUGGUGCUGCCCAGUCGUGCUGAGAGACUGAGAAGUACUCCGAGUCCUGUGUCUCAGGCAGGUCAGACCAAUGGAUAUUCAUCCGGCUCAGGACUGAUGAAUGGAGGUCCCCAUCCUGAGGACCAUAAUGGUGCUUCUUCAUCACCUCCUCCACACCCCAACGCUCCUCUGACAGGACCGAUGGGCAGAGGAGGUCCCAUCCAGAGCCCCCCUCUCAGCACUGGAGGGGUGCUCCAGUAUGCAGAUGGACCCCCGAGGAUUCUUCCGGAAGACGGACAGGAUCGCCAGGGAGGCGAAUCCGAUACGGAGCCCCAGGACACUGAACUGCGGAGGAGGAUCUUCUUCUCCUCUUCCUCCUCCUCAUCCUCGUCUUCCUCUUCGUCAGGCAGCGGAGGCAGCGCGGCCGGUGGAUCACGCCUCCACCAUCACACUGGCAACAAGCAGGGAUACCACAGUAACCAUGGAAACCACCACCAUCAGUCCCCCGGCACACAGCACACUCACACACCCGCACACAUGUCGUCAUCGCACUCGUCUCACGGCCUCGGCUCUCAGGAGGGACGUAAGCGGGGGAGAAGGAAACGCGGCUCUACGGUGGCCGUCUCAGCCAGCGGAUCCCCAAAGAGGAGGUCGUUCCCCGGGCUCAACGCCAACAACCACUCCUCAGGGUCGCCACUCAACAUCAACACCAUGGUGAACAACAUCAACCAGCCUCUGGAGAUCUCUGCCAUCUCCUCCCCUGAACAAUCAAGCCGCAGCCCCAGUGGGCCUGACCUGGACCAGCCUCCCAUCUUGAAGAGAGAGCGCCCGCUGGAGCUCAAUGGCACAAGCCGUUACUCCUCUCCCCCCAGCUCUGAUGACGACGACUCAGGGUACCCUGCAGACAGCUCCAGCUCACGAAUUGAAAGAAAAAUUGCCACUAUAUCCUUGGAGAGCAGAGAUGGACCUGGUAGACUAGGGGAUGGUGAAAGAGUCAGGAAGUCUGGUAGCAGCAGUGGUAACAGCACAGGCAGUGAGGGCUCCUCUUCGUCCUCCUUGUCCUCUACCAGCAAGUGGAAAUCCACCUUUUCACCCAUUUCUGACCCCAAGCAACCCAACUCUGACAUGAGACAGGGGGGCUCUCCGUUCGGCAUGGGGGGGUCGGGCCGGGGCACAGACUCAGAUUCGGACCACAAACAGCAGCAUCAGCAGGGGAGGAAAGGAAGUGAUGGAGAGUCGUCCAGCUACAUGAACCCCAACCCCUUCCUGAGUCAGGAGGCAGGGCCCAGGGGUGGAGGCAGCGGCGGCAGCGGUGGUGGUGGUGCCCAGGGAGGCAGCGGUUCAGACCAACGCCAGGCCCUCCAGAAACAGAAGACCCCUCGCGACUGGGAGCUGAAGACGAGCAGCAGCCUGGCCAGUCAGAACCUCUUCAUAUCUGCUGCUGCCAGCAGUGGUGGGGGCAUUCUGAGUGGGAAGGUGGGGGGCAGUCCUGUAGCAGUCUCCUCAACCACGGGAUCCUCUGUGGGGCAGUACCUGGGCUCUCAGUUCCCGCUCGGAGGGGCCUCGGUCUUACAGUCGUUAUUCGGGGCCCAGACAGGCGGAUCCACGGUGAGUGGGACUCCGAGGCUCGUCAACGGACACUCUGCCCUGGGGAGCUUCUCCAGUGCUGGGCUGGCAGGGGGAGCGACUGGAGCCGCUGCCGGAGGCAUUAUAUUUUCGGGUUGUCCAUCUGUCCGGUCCAUUCUCGUGAAAGUGAUAUCUCAGGAACGCCUGGAGGGAUUUUCUUCAAAUUUGGCACAAAUGUCCACUUGGAAUCAAGGAUGAGCUGAUUAGAUUUUGGUAGUCACAGGUCAAGGUCACUGUGAUCUCCUUUUGGAGAGACAAGGAUAUAAACUGCAACUUGACUGGUUGGCGGAGGCAUACAACUGAGUGCGGUAAUUCUAGUCAAUCAAUACUGUGAUCACGAUUAUUCAUUGAUUUAAGGGACAAAAUAUUUAUAUUGCACUUUCACAUUUAAAUAAACAGAGCACUGCUUUCACUUCCAUGUUGUGCUACAUUUUUUGUACAAAUCUUUGCAUUAAAAUAAGACUGGUCCUUAUUCACAGUGUAUCUUCUACAAGCAAAAUAAAAUUGUACCAAAACUUGUUACCCAAAAUUAAAUCAACAGAGCACUGCUUUCACUUUCACAUUGUGCCAGGCUUCAUUCCUGCUAAUUACAAAACAUCUUUUGCAUCAAAAUAAGAAUUAACCUGAAUUCUUCACCUGCUCUCGAUCGCCCUCUAAUGGAUGACGGUUAUUUUAGAAAGCGCUUGAUUUGAUAUGCAGCGGAGUUUUCUAUGAAUGGAGAACGCAUUUUAAACAUCAAAUCAAUCAUGUUCAUUUAUGUGUGGGAAGCCAAAAUCGUGAUCGCAAUUAAUAUUCGAUUAAUUGUGCAGCCCUCCUGACUGACUGACUGACUGUGCUGCCUCGCUUUGAUGUGGACUGGCUGCUUGAAUGCUGCAGUUGGAAACACCCUUGGAAAAUGAUGCAUUUAUAACAGAAAGAAAAAUGUUGAAAAUAGAAAAAUCUGAACCGAUGAUUUGUCCUGAAAACUGCGAUUGAACAUGAAUUAACAUAUAACAUGUUUACAUAACUAUUACAUUACUAUAUUGUAAUUUUCUUUGGGUGUAUCUGUCGGAGUCAUAUGUCAGAGUCAUUUCACUUGUAAGCAAUCAACCCAGAAAUGUGAUCCUAAAUUGGCCAACUCAUUUGGUUUAGUUCCAGUCACAGUGGACUGACUCUGUUUGCUUUCUGUGUGCUUGUCUAAGACUUGCUUGGCGCUAUGCACAACCUGGCUCAGUCCUUGCUUCUCUCUUUGUCCCCCUCCCUCUCGCUCUCUUUGCCACUUUUAUCUGCUCUCUCCUCCCUCUGUCUCCACUCUCUCUCGCCCUCCUCCCUUCCCUCCAUUUCUGCUAU